AUGGAGCCUUCUGCAGACACCAGGGAAGCAGGCAGCGUGGAGCAGCUGUUGGAGGCUCCUGCAAAGAAAAGGAUUGGCUCUGGACUGGAGCUCGGCCUCGCAGCAGGCCUGCUGUCCCUGCCUGGCACCGAUGCAAUGGAGCAGCACUCCCUGGAGCACAGAGCGCUCGACCAGCGCGGCCAGAGGCCUCCAGCUACCCCAGACGCCAGUCUGCCAAGAAGCACAGCGGCUGCCAGUUGUUCCGAUGUCAGCUGCAGCAGCACCCAGGUUACUGGAGCAGCCAUGCAUCAGUCGUUGCGAGGGGAGGAUUUGGCUGAAGUCGUGGGCAACGAGGAGGGCCCAGGUGAGCAGAAGAGGAGGCAGCGCGACUUCAUGGAACUGCUGCACAGCAAGAUUCAGCAGAGGCAUGACCAGCGGCAGCAACAGGGCGGCACCAAAGAUGGCCCCUCCCUGGCCGCUGCCCUGGCAUCAGGCGCACGCCGAAAGAAGGCAAAGGAUGUGAGCGAGUUUCAAGGGGACCCUCGGGUAUCUCUGUGGGAGCCACCACAAUCUCCCUUUGGCCUCAUAGAGGAGCAGCUGUUUGGCAACCCCUGGAAGCUGCUGGUGGCCUGCAUACUGCUCAACAAGACCUCAGUCGUGCGAAAGGUGAUCUGGAAGUUGUUUGAGCUGAUGCCGACGCCAGAGGACGCCAUGCAUGCGGAUGUCGAGGCUGUGCGAGAGCUUAUUGAGCCUCUGGGGCUGGCGCCCAAAAGAGCUCCAAUGCUCAUCCGCUUUUCCAAAGAGUAUGUGGAGAAGCAGUGGACCAACCCUGUGGAGCUGCACGGUGUGGGCCAGUAUGCAGCAGAUGCGUACAACAUAUUCUGCAGAGGCGACUGGCGCUCAGUAUCGCCCAAAGACAAGGACCUGCUGCGCUAUCACCAGUGGCUCACGGAAACUGGCGGCGAGGGAACCGGUCUGUCGAGGGAUGCAGUGCCUGAAGCGGCCGGGGGUGAGGAAGGCGCGCAGACGAGCGCGGCCUGGUGCCUCAGCGCGGUGCUGCUCUUCAUGAGCUUGGUGCUGCUGAGGCAGGCCUUCGAGCGCCCUCUGGGCGCCAAGGACAGCGCUCCAGGGCCCAGUAGCACUCCUGUCGGCGCCAUGCAGCCACACAGCCUCGGCACCAGCCUUGUGUACUCCACCCUGCCUGCAGAUUCCCUCACUUCGACGCUCGUCCACCAGGACGCCCCUUCACAGGGCGAGGGGGGCCCUGCGCUGAUGUGGAUAGCGCUGAAGGUGCUGAUGAUAGUACUGCCAUUCUGCAUCCUCCUGCGCAUCGUGGUGAUUGCGCGAGAAGUGCGCAUGCGGCACAGCCGAGGCGCCGCUGCAGAGCAGAGCAGGGGUGCCGUCCUGUGGCUCAGCUCAGCUUUUGCUCAAUGA